AUGGGAUGGAGUCAGAUGUUAGACCCGGGCUGUGCUAUUACAUUAGAGGCGUACGUGGACUGCCCCAUAAGGGCAUCACAGCGGGAGUACCGUUUCCACAUGGUUACUGUGGGACCCUUGAAUACCACAGGCUGCUGUGAUGUGUUCAUGCUGCUGGGGAUGCAGCAGGCUCUCGGGUGCUGGUGGAGCAGACUAGCCACUGCCUCAAGCCUGGCUCCAGGACGUGCCAGCCAGCAGGUGCUGCUGUUUCACAGCAUCCUCUGUGCUGAUACAACCCCUCCUCCCAAAACCUUUGCUUCUGCUCUUCAAUCCCACACCUCCUUCAGAUCAUUGGUGGCAGCCAGGGAGGAGAAUUCCAACUAUAUUAGAGUCCAUAAAGUCAUUUCUGUUGCAAACUUCACAAUGAAACAGUCAGAUCUGCAGCUCUCAGACAUCUUUCUAAAAGCACUUAACCACCUGCCCCUGGAGUACAACUACACUUUAUACAGCAGAAUAUUCGAUGACUUUGGCACUCAUUACUACACCUCUGGGAAGAUGGGUGGUUCCUAUGACAUUCUUUACCAGUACAGCUCUGAGGAACUAAAGAACUCAGGUCUGGCGGUGGAUGAAUCAGUGGAGUGUGUCCGAACAGAAACAACAAGGCAUGUGUUCUUCUGGAAGAAAAAGAAAGUCAGUACCAGAUGCACCACAAACAGGAUGACUGUGAAACAUGAAGGUUCCAUUUUGGAGUCAGCUGAACGGUCAGUCUCUCUGGUAAAGGGUGGCAGGUCAGAGUACACUGCAGCUCUGGCCUGGGAGAAAAAGGGGGCUUUUCCAGGACACGCAAUCUACAAACUGCUGGAAUCCACAAAGGACAAUCCCAUGGUGACUGACUUUGAGUUUACAAGCUGCACCAGGUUUGCAUUAUCCAUGGACAGUGGGAGUAGGAGGGAGGAAUGUGUCGCCAUCAUGGAUUUGGUGAAGAAUGUGCCAUGGGCCGUGACCAGACCUUGCAACCUGAGGAGAGCCCUGAGAGAAUAUGUGGGCAGGUUUGACCCUUGCCAGUGUGCCUCAUGCCCCAGCAAUGGCAGGUCUGUGCUUUCCAGGACGGAGUGCCUCUGCCUGUGCCAGGCUGACACCUUUCAUGGUGCUCAGACUCUGCAGGCAGGAUAUAUGCAAGUCAAAACUGCAAUGCUGUUAUCUAUUGGUGGGGCUCCUUGUAUAAAUGAUUAUGAAGCAACAAGAGAAGAGGAUAUAUUGAUUGGUGAACCUGAGUCUGGAUGCUCCAGGCCAGACCCACCAGAAAACAGCUUUAUCAGGAAUGAAAAGAACCAGUAUGCUAGGGAAGAAGCUGAAAUUGCCUGUGUGAGUGAGUAUGUCCUCAGUGGCUAUCAAUUCCUUCGGUGUCUGCCAGAUCAAACCUGGACGCAACAACCUGUUGAAUGUCAACAUAAGAAAGAGAAAACUGAUUUAGCCCGGCAACAAAACAGAAGUGGAACCUCAGUAUGCCUCAGGCCACUAACAUCUGACAGUGUCACAAUUUCCCCAUUUAAACAACAGUACAAGAUUGGUGAAACCAUGAAGCUGAGCUGCCAAGCUGGGUUUAUAGUCACUGGUCAAACACAGUAUACUUGUGGGAAAGACUUGUUCUGGAUACCUCCUAUUUUGAGAUCUAUUACAUGUGAAAAAGAUGUGCAAACUAAGAUUAGAGGUGUUUGCAAUCCAGGACAAAAGCAGGUUGGAUCUUACUGUGUUUGUAUGUCUCCAGAAAAGGACUGUGGAGACACAGACCCAUUGCUCCUGCCUGAUGCCUUACCAGUGCCCCAAAGAAGAGAGCCGCCUUCACUCCAUAUGGAGUUGACAGGGAGGAAGAGGAAAGUCAGUCAUUGCACGCUGGCAGCCAUGAAGUGUGCUGGCAUCAAACUGGAGGUGCUCAGUCAGCUCUCCUGGCAGCCACCACAAUAA